AUGAAGGGGGUGACCGCCGCCCCCUGUGCUCCUCCGCUCUCUAUCUUGCUUGGUGGCCGCCGGUCUGCCCCAACAGGCUCCCACCGCCCAUUUAGCUCUUCCUCUCGUCCUAGCGCCGUCGACAAGGAUCCCUUUCAGAACAAGAAUGUUCCUGGUCAACUGCACAGUGUAAAGUCUGCACCCAUGCCAACUGCAACCAAAGUGCUUUGCUUGGCCGUGCUUGGCACCUCAGCUUUUUUCUAUGGUUGGGUGAAACUGAGAUUGGAAGCAUUGAACGACGAAAUGGUUGCUCUUCAUAGAGAGAGGUCAAUCCUGAUCAAAGCUGUGGAGGAGUGCCAAAGGACAUAUAUUAAAGCCCAAGAUGAUUCAAACGAUCCUUCUCAAGCCCAAAUCACGCAAGCUUUAGGUAUUAGUCUUAUACACCAUAUGUUCCUUUCUUUUAAGUUGUGCUGA